AUGCAGCGACCAGGUCCACUGCAAGAGCUACCUCUAGAACGCUUUUUGCCUUCACAUCCCAGUACCCAACCGGCUGCCGUCAAACCGAUCAGAAGUAACAAACGCCCGCUUUCUCCGGGCGGCCCUUCUCUCUUCAGUCCAACAAAACGUCGAAUCCUGAACGAUGAAGGCGUAUAUUCUCCUGAUAAGACGUGCAAAAUUCCACUGCCGUCUCUUUCAAGUUCGCCAGCUCGCUUCAGUCGUGUCCUUGCCGGUCCCGCCAGUCCAGCCCGAGUACUGGAUUUUGGAUUACCACAACAUGUCUACGGCGACCCUCAAAAACCCACAAUCUCUAGGAUCUCGUCAAUUGAAAUCAUGGCAGUUGAAACCUCAUCCUCCUCUACACAUCUCGCCUCCUCACCAGAGUUGAAGGUCAGGAAGGCUAAACCAACACAACGCCCACCAUCUGCUGGCCUCCCAUCGGAUUUCGAUAACAAUGGACAUGAACAGGACAUUUUCGGUACUGGACCUUCUGCCGCUUUCAGCCAAUUCAUUGCGCGUGAACUCCCCCCUCAACCUGAUCUAGAUUCUGUUCAUUAUCCAGGUUUUCGUGUGUUCCAAGAUCCAUACGUUACCGUCUUUCGAACAACGGAAGAAGAAGAUUUGCGCUCUGCUUGCAUUGUAGAAGUUGAUGCGCAAAAGGAAAAUUUACCGCCUCGACGCAAACCGCGGAAAGUGGAAACGGAUUUGAAGGCAGCUCAAGAUCUGUCGCACUGUGACACAACGACGCCGAAGAAAAUGAACCAAACACCGAAGAGGAUGGAAUCUUGGGGGAGUGCAGAACUUUCGUCAACAAUUGCGAGGAAUAUGUUCAGAAUUUCUACUCCCUCAACGACUUCGCGACAGGGGCAAAAAUCACCACUACAGAUGAUGAAGGACGAAAUGGAUGUCGUAGAUGAUGACUCAAGCGACGAGUGA